AUGCAAAGGCACCAGGGUGAUUGCAUCCAAAGGAAAGGAAAUCACAAACUGGAAGUUGCAUCAGAUUUUUCCUUACUGCAGCUGUGGGAUAAUAGCUGGUAUAGUUCAACGCAAGACAAAAUUCAGUCUAUUCUUUUUGUCAGUCAGAAAAUCUUGUCAAGAAAUUCUUGGCAAGGAAAAAUCACUGAAGAGGUUUGGAUUCAAAAUUCCUUGAUCAUUGGUUUUGAUCCCAAGUCUUCCACUGCCAUUUCCAAGUGUAUGAUAAUGGGUGCUGCAGCCAAUGCUCAUGCUAGGCAUCAGCAUAGGAGUUGCCUUCAACGUCAUGUUCGCCAACUGGAUGGCCACAGUUCUACUUAUCAUUCUCUUCUUAGGUACGGCAGCAAAAGCUUUAAUGAAGGGCAUAGAAACAUGGAACAAAGAGACAAUGAUGAAGAAGGAAAGGAAUCAGAAAAGCAGUUGGAAUCGGAGUCCAAACCUGGCG